ACAUCACUCAUCACCUCCAUUUCAAUUCAAUUCAAUCCAAUUCAAUUCCGAUCCGAAUUCCAAUCCAAACUCUCUCUCUCUGAAAAUGGCGCCGAAGGCUGAGAAGAAACCCGCGGAGAAGAAGCCAGCCGCCGAGAAGGCCCCCACCGCCGAGAAAGCUCCGGCUGAGAAGAAGCCGAAGGCCGGGAAGAAGCUGCCGAAGGACGCCGGCGCCGCCUCCGCCGACAAGAAGAAGAAGAGGAACAAGAAGAACGUGGAGACGUACAAGAUCUACAUCUUCAAGGUGCUGAAGCAGGUCCACCCGGACAUCGGCAUCUCCAGCAAGGCGAUGGGGAUCAUGAACAGCUUCAUCAACGACAUCUUCGAGAAGCUCGCGCAGGAGUCGUCGCGGCUCGCGCGCUACAACAAGAAGCCUACCAUCACUUCUCGAGAGAUCCAGACCGCGGUGAGGCUGGUUCUGCCCGGUGAAUUGGCGAAGCACGCCGUCUCUGAAGGGACAAAAGCUGUUACCAAAUUCACUAGCUCCUAAAUUCUCUGCUUUUGCUGCCCCUAAAUACUUUUAAUUUGAUGGUUCAUAUUUGAUUAGGGCAUUUUAAGUGACUGUUUAGAUCUAAAGUUUUACAUCUGUUCUUCUCAUUUUUGUUUUGUAAUUUCGUGCUAGAAAUGUAAUGAAUGAACAGAUCAGUUUGAUGUUA